GUGAACGACAGGAGCAUUGCCAUCACCAUGGAGCACUUACCACCACUCGGCACCGCUGUUAGCGAAGUCGUUGCGCCGACUAUGAAGCUGUAUGCACCUUUGCUGCAGAAGAACAAGCAGACAAUCGAGUCUGUGAAGAAAACAACGCACUCGUAUGGACCACAUGAGCGGCAACAGCUCGAUGUGUACACGACACCGAAGCCCAGUGUCCGCAAUGGCAGAAUACCAGUUCUGAUCUUCUGCUAUGGAGGCGGCCUGAUACGGGGAGAUAAAACACUUCCUGGAUACGCCGACAAUCUGUGUCACGCCAACAUCGCAUCCUUCUUCGCAUUGCGUAAAGGAUACAGCGUCGUCGUGCCCGACUACCGCUUGGUUGGGAAACACGAUGUGAAAUUCCCAUCUGGAGGCGAGGACGUUUCCCUGACCGUAGAAUGGGUUGCGCAACAUGCAGACCUUUUUGGCAACGAUCCGCUUGAUAUCUUUGUGAUGGGCAAUUCUGCGGGAGGUCUUCACACAUCCACUUUCUUACUGCACCAGUCUUUCGCGCCUACACGAGCCAAGCUGUUUUCGGGAAACGGCACACGAUUGCGAGGCGCAAUUCUGCUCUCCGUGCCAUUCCACAUGAAGUUCUCGCACGCAAAUCGAGCAGAAACGAACAAGGCAUACUUUGCAAAUCUUGAUGAAGAAGUGCCGCUGGGUCUGCUCAAGACGGCCAAGAAAGCUGGACCUAUAGACAUUAUGCAGGCAGGUAUGCACACAUUCAUACUCAAUGGAGACCUCGAUCCCGUGGACGAGCUGUUCCAAACGCGGGACGAUUUCAUCGCGGAGUGGCUCGCAAUCGGCACAAAGCAAAGUCGGAGUACUUUGGCAGUGGACAUUAUGCCGGGACACAACCACAUCAGUCCUUUCUGCAGUCUGGGAACUGGUAUCGAUGAAGAGGAGGCGUGGGGCCAUCAAGUUUCAGCGUUCUGCGAUAAUGUCCGGCUAUUCAAGCCAUCAAACGCCGAGUAGACUUGCCCAAUUCUGUACAACACGAUGAUACUCGGCCCGGGCGCCGUCGGAUCUGUAUAACGCAUGUGAUUGGUUGCUUGAAG